GCGUGAGGGUCGCGGCGGGCCGGCGGGCGGGCCGCGGGCGCCAUGUCCCCGGUGUGGUCGCUGGGCGCGGGGCUGCUGCUGCUGCUGCUGUGGGUGCGGCACCGGGGGCUGGAGGCCGUGCUGGUGCACCACCGCUGGGUCUUCGUCUGCCUCUUCCUCCUGCCCCUCUCCAUCCUCUUCGACGUCUACUACCAGCUGCGCGCCUGGGCCGUGUGGCGGCUCCACAGCGCCCCGCGGCAGCACGGACAGCGCGUCCGGCACAUCCAGGCGCAGGUUCGGGAGUGGAAAAAUGAAGGCAGUAAAAGAUACAUGUGCACUGGUCGGCCAGGCUGGUUAACUGUAUCGCUUCGCGUUGGAAAGUAUAAGAAGAUUCACAAGAACAUCAUGAUCAACUUAAUGGAUGUUCUUGAAGUGGACAGUGAAAGACAGGUUGUCCGUGUGGAACCUUUGGUCACCAUGGGUCAGCUGACUGCACACCUAAAUCCUAUGGGCUGGACUAUUCCUGUGGUGCCAGAACUCGAUGACCUCACAGUAGGUGGUCUGAUCAUGGGAACAGGCAUUGAGUCUUCAUCCCAUAUAUAUGGACUUUUUCAACAUACCUGUGUGGCCUAUGAACUUGUUCUUGCCGAUGGAAGCCUUGUGAGAUGCUCACCAACUGAAAAUUCAGACCUAUUUUAUGCAGUGCCUUGGUCUUGUGGUACUCUGGGUUUCCUGGUCUCAGCAGAAAUAAAAAUGAUUCCUGCCAAGAAAUAUGUAAAAAUACAUUAUGAGCCUGUGCGAGGACUGCAGAGGAUUUGUGAAAAGUUUACUGAAGAAUCUAAGAAAAAGGAGAAUAGUUUUGUGGAAGGACUUGUAUAUUCUUUGGAUGAAGCAGUCAUCAUGACAGGAGUCUUGACUGAUGAAGCUGAACAAAAUAAGAUAAACAGAAUUGGCAAUUACUACAAGCCAUGGUUCUUCAAACAUGUGGAAAAGUAUUUGAAAGCUGACAGAACUGGAAUAGAAUACAUUCCCUCAAGGCAUUAUUACCAUAGGCAUACCCGUAGUAUCUUCUGGGAACUCCAAGAUAUCAUUCCUUUUGGCAAUAACCCUGUUUUCCGUUACCUGUUUGGCUGGAUGGCUCCUCCAAAAAUCUCUUUGUUAAAACUGACCCAAGGAGAAGCUAUUCGAAAGCUGUAUGAGCAACAUCACGUUGUGCAAGAUAUGUUGGUCCCAAUGAAGAGCCUUGAAAAAUCUAUCCAAACCUUCCAUGUUGAUCUUAAUGUAUACCCUCUUUGGUUAUGUCCAUUCAUAUUGCCCAAUAAUCCUGGUAUGGUCCACCCAAAAGGGGAUGAAGCUGAGCUCUAUGUGGAUAUAGGAGCUUAUGGAGAGCCCAAAACAAAACAAUUUGAAGCCAGGGCUUCAAUGAGACAAAUGGAAAAGUUUGUAAGAAGUGUUCAUGGUUUCCAGAUGCUGUAUGCAGAUUGCUAUAUGACCCGUGAGGAGUUUUGGGAUAUGUUUGAUGGUUCAUUAUACCAUAAGCUGAGGGAGCAAAUGAAUUGCAAGGAUGCCUUUCCAGAAGUGUAUGACAAAAUCUGCAAAGCUGCGAGGCACUGAGCCUGAAUAACCUAAUCAAGCAAUCAGGGAAAAAUGGAUUUACCUGUAGCUGGUCAGCAUAACAUUAAAAAAAAAAAAAAAGAAAAAGAAAAAAAAAAAAAGAGGCUUUACUGCUGUCUAAAUAAGCUCAUUCUUGCUGAUAUUUUAAAGAUAUGAACUCCUGCUUUAUAAAUUUAUGUUUAGUAUUCAUUAGUAUGUGUUAAAACAGUUUUUCCAAACUCAGUGAUUGUUUUUUAAGAAAUCUUAAGCGCUAACCUUUGUCUCUUGGGUCUGAUAUAGUGAAUUCAUCUAAUUUCAAGUGUAAGGAAAAUAGCUGGUAAAAAUGAAGAUACUCUAAGUUAUACCAGCUAUUUGCUGUAGUUGUAUUUAAAAUGACUGUUGAAAAGGAUAAGGAGGUCAAAGAAAUAGGUGCCAAAGUUGAAAGAAUUGUCAAGUUAAUCAUGAGGUUAAAAACAUUUGCCUGCAGUCAGCAGCUUGUAGCACAGCAUUAUAAUCUUCAUAUUGUACAGUAUUCUGUGGUAUGUAGUACUGUGUCCUUUGGGUUAUACUGUACUAUAUGGCACUAUAAUCUCAAUAGAGCAGUUAAACUCCCUAACAGUUGCUUCCGUUUCAAAGCUGAGAGCUGAAGUAUGAAGAAUACCCUUUUUACUUGUGCCUAUCAGAUUUGUAUCAAUCUUCAUUAUAAGUGGAUAUAGGUUUUAGGUACUUUUGUAUUGGUUAACAUUGUUUUUCCUCCCCAAAAUACCAAUGCUCUGGCUUCCUAGACUACUGAAAAAACUGCUGCUAUUUCAUAUAGGCAAAUAUUAAUUUUUACAUACAUCUGUUGUUUUGUUUUGUUUUGUUUUUUUUGCAAGGUUUUGCUUAAUUUUAGUGCCUUAUAAGUACUCAGUUGGAGGAAGACAUGGGUCAUUUCAGACCAUUCUGUCUUGGCCAGCAGGAGGAGGAAGCAUAUUCUGUUCUGACAGUUUAAGCUUUUAUUUAUACAAGACCAUUUAGAGGAAGUGGCUACGGGUGAGAAAAGCUGCUCUUGUGGACAGGCUUUGGUUCUGACUAGAGUGAAAUUUUUGCUUUUUGUUUUAGCUGGAUUAUUUUGAUAGGCUUUGUGAAAGGACUGCUUCAGUCACCUGGAGAGGAAAUCAGUAGUGCUGUUCAGUUCCCCCUUGCGCUGCACGCUGGCAUAAACAGCAGCCACGCACCUCAUGCAAUGAAGUGUAUGAGUGUGGAAAUGCUUUGGCCCUAUAUUCAGAACAUGAUUCUGAACCAAGUCCAUGUCUUAUCCAAGCAGUACUUAAAUUUGUUGCUUUAAACCUUACUGAGUUUGAGGUAGAAAAAAUGUAAUGUUCUUGAGGGUUGCAUAGGGAGUAAAGUGAAAAACUUACUGAACAGUUGCCAGAGAGAAGUUUUGUAUCUUUUUUUUUUUCUCCUGAGUGCUCAACCAAUGAUUUUAUUUAUUGAUAGAUGGAUGUAUGAUCCAGAUGAAACCAAUGAUAAAGCAGUAACGAAUAAACUUGGCCUGUUGCUCAGUGACACGUGCUGGGCAAAUUGUGUGCAAAUAAGGUAGCCCUUAAGGUCCUGCGUAGGGGACUGGUAGCAAGAGCAGGCUGCCAAGGGGAGACGCAGCCCAUGCAGAGCUCCUGCAGUGCUGCUCAGACCACGUAGCUGGCUAGGCAGAAGUGGGAGUCGGGUGGGAGGCAGAGCUGUGUCAGUGAUCCAACAGCAUUUGCGACACUGCUCCAUGCUUCAGGAUACAAAGGAAACAGAGUUGUGAGCUGCCUUCCUGCCCCAUAAAGGGAGCAGUGCAAGAGCAGUUUCCUUGGCCCUGUGGCAAAGCUGUGAUUUAGACCAGUGCUUGUAAGAUAAUCUGCACAGAGCAAGAAUUGGUUUGGUUAGUUUUUAAAAGGGCAAUAUUAGAACAGCUAGAGAUAUGCAAAUGCUUUUACUUAAGUUGUGUAUCUUUCACUUAUGUACUGAUGUUCUCUAGGUAUGCACUGUAUUUGUUUUUCUCUUCUUAAUUUAUCAGCAAACUUGGUAUGACAUGAUUUGGUACUGUUACUAUGACUAUACCAAUCACAUAUGUGCACAUGCAUAACUGCUGGUGGUCUUGAAACGUUUCAUUGAGCUGUUUAAAAUAAAAAUAACCGGUGUACUGUUCA